UGUAGCAGAUAUAAAUAUAUGCGUUAUCGGAACUCCCUGGCCAAGACUGGGAGGUGAGAACUAACACAAGUUGAGAGCAAGCAAGCAAACAAGACACUGCACUUUCUCUUUUUUAAAAUGUCUUCUUCUUCUUUCUCUGUAUUGUUUACUCUGAUAUUUUUUUCUGUUCUUUUCUGCAAUUCCAAGGCUGUCAUACAGCUGCCACCGAAUGAAACCAUUCCAGCAGUUAUAGCGUUUGGUGAUUCAAUCGUGGAUACGGGUAACAACAAUUACCUGAGAACUCUUGUCAAGUGCAAUUUCCCUCCCUAUGGGCAGGAUUUUAAAAGAAAAGUUCCCACGGGCAGAUUCGGCAAUGGAAAGGUUCCCUCAGACUUGAUAGGUACGUACGUAGGUCUCUCUCUCUCUCUCUCUCUCUCUCUCUCUCUCUCUCUCUCUCUCCCCGUUUCUGGUACUCUUGUUCCCCUUUUGCAUGCUAUGUUUUGUAUCUGUAGCAUGUUAUUGUUUGAAUUGCCAUAUCCGAAGGGUAUAAAUGUCGAGAUAAUUUUGAAGGAAAUAUAUGAGCAAGGGGCACGAAGGAUUGGAAUACUGAGUGCACCGCCGAUUGGAUGUGUGCCGUCACAAAGAACUCUGGCCGGAGGAAUACUGAGACAGUGUUCGGAAAAGUACAACCAAGCAGCAAAACUGUUCAACAUUAAACUGACGGCAAUUCUGGAUUCCCUUAACAGAAACCUACCCAACAGCAAGAUGGUCUAUCUUGAUGUUUACAGCCCUCUACUCGAUCUCAUCGAAAACCCAAAAAAAUAUGGUUUUGAGAUUGCGAAUAAAGGAUGCUGUGGUACAGGAAAUAUAGAGGUAUCUAUACUAUGUAACCCAGCGUCUGCCACCUGUACAGAUGCAUCUAAUUAUAUUUUUUGGGAUAGUUAUCAUCCCACGGAAGCAGCAUAUAGAACCCUUAUUCCUAUAGUCCUCCAAAACUUCAGUAGCUUCUUCUGAGAUGGCAAAACCCAUGCAUUGCAGAUAAGCUUAUUCAAGUUGAAAUAUUCAACUACUGAUCCAUGCAUGCAGCUAUUCUGAUUGGUCCGUUAAUUUCCAGCUUCCAUCAGCUGUAAUAUUUUAUUUAUAGAAUAAAUUGAAGAUCAACUCAUCUGAUGAUCUUCUGCA